GGGAACUCUACUUCCUUGUUUUUCUUGUUUUCCGAUAGAUGAACUCGAGUUCCAUUUUAUCUUUUUGUUUUCCGGAAACUGUAACUCCACUUCCUUUUGGCAACGACCUCAUUGAAUGCUCUUCUCUCUGUUUCCGUAGCUUGUCUCUUGGUCUCUCUCUCUCUCUCUCUCUCUCUCUCUCUCUCUCUCUCUCUCUCUCUCUCGCUCGCUCGCUUCUCGUGACCUCUUCUUCUUCUCAUCUGGUUUCGAUCUUGUGAAAACCAGGGCUGCUUUCUGCUUUCUCCUUUGGCGGUGAGCUGUUCCAUAGAAUUUUUAGCUGGGAGCUAAGCUGAGGAAGGGAGGGAGUGAGGGAUGGACCAACGAUCGCAGCGGAGGAAGGAGAGUAGUAGAUGGUGGCGCAGAGAGAAAGCUUACCGGUAUCUUCGGCCAGCUGCCUGCGAUCUUGUCUCUAUGGGCCGUGCUCAUCGCCCAGGAAAUGACCAAUUUGGAGAACGGUGUAAUUUUUUGAGGAAAACAUUGGAUGAUACAUAUGUCACUGACGGUCCGAUAGGUGAAAAUUCAUUUCCCCUGGAUCUCAAUCGAAACUUGUCCAAGACAUAUAAAGGAAAGCCAAUGAACGUGGUUGAAGAGAUGCAGAAUGACAAAGAAACUAGACAUCCUUCUCCAAGUGUGAUUGCAAGGUUAAUGGGCCUUGAUGCCCUUCCUCCACACAUGGUCUAUGAUAAACAGAGUGGAAUGCAUAAAUAUUUCCAAAAGACAUCAGGCCUUCAAGAUAAACUUGUAUUCCAUGAUUAUUGUUCAAGUGGGAAGGUCAGAAAUGAGUACCAGGAAUUCAAAGAUGUUUUUGAAAUCAUGGAAACAUCCAAGGUGGAGAAAAACAGUGGUAAGAGAUUAAGUAAAGGGAUGGAAACCUCAAAAGGAAGUGACACUCACGUAGAACUAGUCAGGCACAGUUUCACGGAUGCAGAGGAUUUCUCAAAUAAUGAAACAAUUGAUGAUUCAGAAGCAUCUAAUGUUGCAUCAGAAGUCUUGGAUCAUGAAAAGGCUUUGGCUAUGAAAUUUCUCCAAGAACCCAAUUCUUUGUUUCUAAAUCAUUUUCAAGAUGUGAAGAGUAUUUCGUUGACUCACCCAAGUGAUAUCACAAUUUUAAAACCGUCAAUAUCUACCAAGCACAAAGGCUAUGAGUUGAAAAAUACAUCAGGGAGAAGAGCAGAAAAGUGCACUCUAGUUCAAAAGGACCACUCUACUCAGAAACCUGAAAGUAGCUCUGGUAACUUCUCUCAAAAAGAACAUAAUCUCUCCUUUUCAGAUAAGAUGUUGAAGUCACAAUAUGCAGAUAAGAUGGUAGCUUUCAUUAAUCCCACUCAAAUAGUGAUUUUGAGACCAAGUCUUGAGAAGACUGAGAAAAGUGAUGAACAUAUUGUGCUUCCCAGUUCCUUUGGUAAUUUUAUUACACAUGACAGAGGCCAUGGAGAAUUUAGGUGCUGUCGAGCCAAGAGUUUGAAUGCAGAAGGAAGAGACUGGCCAAAGUUUAAUCUUGCGGGGACCACAAGGAAAAAAGCAACAUGUUCAAGCGAAAUGGCUAGGAAUAUUACGAAAGCAAUGGGAAAUGAUGCUAGCCGUGAUAUUGAAAGAAUCCUUGCUUCAAGAUUCAACAAAUAUAUCUCUAGUGAUAGCAUAGAUUAUAUGUCACAGAUUACUCAGCAUAAAAAUUACAAGGCAGCUCAACGGAGUUUGAGUGACUUCACUGAUCAGUAUAAACGCCACAACAAAACUGUGUCAGAAUUAUCUGUAAACAGGGAGGGCCGAAGACGUCUGUCUCAGAGGUGGAAAACAGCCCAUCAGUUUGGGGAUAUGGCACUUAGUGAUAGGGGUUCGAAUACUUUGGCUGAAAUGCUUUCUCUAUCUGACAAGGACUUGCUUAAGAAAAUAACAGACUCAUCAAUUACUCGGAAAAUUUCAGGUGAAAGGUUGGCCAGAGAUGGCAUGCUUGCAGAAAGAAGCUGUUCUCCAGCUACUAGCAACAAGGAUACUUCGAAGAACGGCUGCAAUUUCCCAAUCUCCACACAUCCUGCAUCUUCCCCUAUGGGAUUAAGAAACACAAGAGUAAGCAGAAGAGGCAAACCUGGUGCAUAUGACAAUUUUUCUACAUUGAACAAUGUGCUGAGUCUUGGGACUUAUAGUUCUGUGGAUGAAAACCUUUGCCAAAGAGGAAGGUUUACUCGCAGAAAAUCUAAAUGCUGCAGUAAUGUUCCUUGUUCAUGCACUUCUGUUAAACCAGAAUAUAAGCUAGCUUUAAGUGAUGAUCAUGUUCAUUCAGAAUUCAGCAAUAAGUUCAACAUGAGAAAUCUUCAUGAAGAAAAUUCUAGAGUGCAUGAUGAUGCCAUUUCUCAUAAAGAGCAGCUGCUUGACAAUAGAGAUGCAAAUUUGCAUCUUGUGAAUCCCGAAGAUCAGGAGUCAUGUAACAAACUGGAGUCAGGUUCUCCAGUUAGAUUAAAGGAGCUUGAACACCCUAGUCCAGUAUCUGUUCUAGAGCAGCCUGCAUCUGAAGGAGAGAACUAUACCAUAGGUUCUUGUGAUGGUGUCAAUGUGGAUCUGCAGGGGCUCCGGAUACAGCUUCAACUUCUUAAAUUGGAAUCAGAGGAUAUUGAUAUUUCAGAAUCUGGGACUCUUGUUCUGGGUAAUGAUGAUACUGGAGGAGUGCACCGGUCACCUAUUGAAGAAUUAAGAGGGAUGCUUGAAGAAUUGAAGGAUGAAGAGGACAGGGAAUUCUCUUACCUGGUUGAUGUGCUCAUUGAUUCAGGUAUUGGUUGUGCAAACUGGGACAGGGUUUUUGAUGCUUGUUAUAUGCCAGAAUAUCCAGUUUGCCCAGAUGUGUUCGAGAAGCUUGAAAGGAAGUAUGGAAUUAUAGUGGAAUGGUCCAGCUCUGAGAGGAAAUUACUGUUUGAUCUUAUCAAUGUUGUCCUGACAGAAAUACUUGCUCCUUGUAUGGAUUUACAUCCGUGGGUGAAGUCAAAGAAAAAGUUCGGUCCUAUGUGUGCUCGUGAGAGGCUUGUUGAAGAGGCAUGGCUCAUGAUUGCCAGACUAAGGAAAAAAUUAAGCCGAGGUAAGCCAGAGGACAAGGUCCUGGACACAAUGUGGUUCGACAUCGAGGAUGAUAUCGAUCUAAUUGGCAGAGAGAUAGAGGGCCUGAUAAAGGAAGAACUUUUGCAAGAACUUGUUACAGACUUCAUAUAAGAUAUCAGUAAGUCAAGCAUCCCUGGCAAUCAGAAGCUGAAGCUUCACUUGCUCAGAAAUAGUAAAUGGUAAUAUGAAGUUAGUUUGUCACAAAAUUUAUGGAUCAUUGGAUUGGAAUCAGUGAUCAAUGAUUGCAUUCUUUGCCCUUCAGCAGGUACAAAGACAAUUUUCACAGAGAAUGUUCUCUGUAUUGGGUUAUGUUUCCUGAUCUUUCAAUGUUGCAGGGCUUCGAAAUGCUGGUUUGUGUAUGCUCGGAUUAUUUUAUCUUUGAACUUGAGAAAAUUUUGCGCGUGUUAGUAUUGCCAUCGACUUUCUUCUUCUCAGCUAUUAUGGAGCGGGGGACGGGAAAGAUAGAAGAGAUUAUCAUGUAUAGUUGUCAAAGUUGUUUGAUUUGUUUCGGUUUUCUUUCAAUGUUCUUUGAGCAGAGAUAGAGUUUGUCUAGAUACAAGUGUGAUUGCUAUAGUCUAUAUAUGUUUCCGGCAUUCUAUUCAAAAUACAUAAGUUGUAUGAAACCGAUGAUUCGCAUUAUAUAUCAGCUAUGGUUUUGCUAGUUAUCCAAUA